UGUUGUUGUUGUGUCGGUGACGCGGCAAGUCCAGCCGGCCGAACGGCAAAUGAGUCAGCAUCAAUAAUCUGCCUAUCUGUGGAUGUGGAGAUUAUUAUAGAUCUCCCAGCAAAACACUCACACAUCGAUUAGCGGUAAUAAAGCAAAAAUGGCGGUUCCUGCAGCCCCAAACCUGCAGCUGAACACGGCGAGACAAAGCAGCCCUGUGAACUCAACAGAAAACGACAUCCACAUCGACGAGAGAGAGCUGGAAAACAUCACCAACCACAUCGAGGACGGCACCUCGCUGCCGCUGCACUCCCCGUGGACCUUCUGGCUGGAUCGGUCAUUACCAGGUACAACGGCAGCAGAGUGUGAAUCAAAUCUCAAAAAGAUAUACACUGUCCACACUGUACAAGUUUUGAAAUAUUGA